AUGUACCCGAUCGACAUUGUGCAAGAAUCCAAGGCUCCCAAGAAGACCACCGCCAUCCAAGAGUUUUGCACCAAGAUGCAAGCCCUCACCCGAGACCGAUACCUCCAAGCUCUUCGCCACUGUGGCGCCCUUGGUCAGGAUACUAUCUCCGCGCCGACCGGCCCUCUUACCCCAUCCUUAAUCUCCAGCCCAUCGUCAUUACCGUGUUACAAGAUCUACCGUAACUGGCACGCCGAAGACCUCCAGCGCCAGGAGAGGCACCUCCUCUCCUCAAUCAGUGAGGACGACCACCACCCCUCAGGAUCCAAGGAGAAGAAACCUACCACAUUCUUGAUGUCCUACCCAGCCGAGAAGUACAAGAUCCCGACCCGCCUCCCGGACCUUUCGCCGAUCGUCAAUCCGUAUUUCAACCUCUUGGGACUGUUCUUCUGCGCCACCGCUGCUGCCGUUCCUCCUCCUACGCUGACUCUGACACCUCCUCCUACCGCGCCAUCGACUCCCACACCCGGAGACGAUCAAGAAUCAAGGGGUGCCCUGAAGUUGAAGCAUCCUACAACACCUCCCCCUCCUCCUCUGAUAGAGUCAGCCCCAGUCGAAACAUCCCCCUACGGCAAAGAACGCUAUCAAGUCUCCUUCGAAGACCUCGAACAAAGACUCUUCCCCGAGUUCCGUCUUUUCUUUGCAGACUUUUACCUGGUCAAGGAGGAUUGGUAUGUCCAAUUGGUGGUUGUCCCGAGUUGGAAUCGUAGGUUGGAGGAGCAAUGUCGCGAGCAAGGGUUGGUGGAGUUGGAUGUUGCACGGAACCCGUUCUUUUUCCGUUGUCCUGUUGAUUCAGUCACGAGUAAUCUUGGACAUGGCGAUUGCCGGUAUCCGAAUAGCAGUGCUGGCUUCUGUAAGCAGCUCUCUAGACGACCCUCCUACCCUCCUUCAUCCUCUCGCCGCCCCCACCACUUUAGCACUACCACCACCGCCAACAACAAUACCACAGCCAAGGAGACAAAAUAUGAGUACCGGGUCUACACCCACCAGAAGGGACACGCGAAAGUAUGGACAGAACUCCUAGUCGGCUGCGACGUCUUCCCGACGUCCGAGGUUGGCGAACUAGUCGGCUGUUUGUUGCACGAGAACGUUCGCAGGACGGGGAAUACAGUCUCGAUCCAACAGGAGCGACACCAAUUGGCGACUAUUCUCGAGGGCGUUGCGUUGGAUAUUUCUCAGAUAGCUGGGCGGUUGCGUGGGACGACUGAUGGGUUGGUAACCAAGAUGGGUCUAGGGCGCCAGGGAGAGGAAGGAGAGGAGGAGGAAGAGGAGGAGGAGGAGGAGAGAGGAGAGAUGAAAAAAUAUUUGGAGUUGACGUAUCGUCUGUCGAGGGACCGGACUCGAUUGGGGAUCUUACAGUCUUCUACAGCUGCUAGACGGUCCAUGGUUGCGCUGCAUGCCAGGGACGGGUGGAGUCGGUUGUAG